AUGACCACGAUGGCGUCCGCAAACAACGAAGCGGGACCGCCGCCGCCCGAUCCCGAGAAUCCUACACUGCGCACGAGAUGGGCCACUCGCAAGAUGACGAUAAAAAGUAGUAGCAAGAAGAGGCUCUCCCUGAUGAAUCGCGCCGCCCAUAAGAAGAAAAACAGCGAAAAGAGCCGCAGCUCUGGAGGCGGCGAAUCCUUACAGACUGACAACACCGCAAAUGAACCCGAUGAAGCCCAAGGCGGCCGGAAACUAUUCUUCAACCUUCCUUUGCCUCCGGAACUCAAGGAUGAGGAGGGACACCCGAAGCAUCACUUCACGAGAAACAAGAUUCGGACAGCCAAAUAUACGCCACUGAGUUUCGUACCCAAGAAUCUGUGGUUUCAAUUUCAAAACAUUGCCAAUGUGUUCUUCCUAUUUCUCGUCAUAUUGGGCUUUUUCCCCAUCUUUGGUGGUGUAAACCCUGGGCUCAGCGCCGUCCCCCUGAUCUUCAUUGUUACCGUUACGGCUAUUAAGGACGCCGUCGAGGAUUACCGGCGAACGGUCCUGGACAUUGAACUUAACAACGCCCCCGUCCACCGACUGCGGGGGUGGGACAAUGUCAAUGUCGAAGAGGACAAUGUUUCCACAUGGAGACGCAUCAAGAAGGCCAACUCUCGCUUCUUUGGUCUGAUCUGGCACACAAUCGAGAGUAUUUGGUCCAAGAAGGCAAGAGAAGAGUUGGCAAGACGAAAACCUCCUCAAGGAUUGGCAGACGCGCCGCGGCCUUCGAUCGAAACCCAUGUUGAACCCCGUGACUCCCACCAUUCUCCUAGAUCUGCCCGAGACUCGUUCGUUUCUGCCAGAGAAGACAUCCAGAUGACCCCGAUCCCUUCCCCAUUGCCGCGACAAAACCUCGAGGUGCCGGACCCUACCGACCAUGCACGGGCGAAGGAGAUGAUGCAACGUAAGGGCGAUGUUCUGGAUCGAACCUUGCCAACCAAGGGUGAAGCGCGCUUCCAGAAGGAACACUGGAAGGACUUGAGGGUUGGAGAUUUUGUGCGAAUUUACAACGAUGAUGAACUUCCGGCAGACAUCAUUGUCCUAUCCACCUCAGAUCCUGAUGGGGCCUGCUACGUUGAAACGAAGAACCUUGACGGCGAGACUAAUCUCAAAGUGCGACAAGCUCUUCGCUGCGGAAAGUCUCUAAAGCACGCGCGAGACUGCGAACGAGCCCGCUUCUGGAUCGAGAGCGAAGCCCCGCAACCCAACCUUUACAAAUAUAAUGGUGCUAUCAGAUGGCAUCAGACAUUCAAUGACGAGGCCGAACCAGAGUUAAUGACAGAGCCCAUUACAAUCGACAACAUGCUUCUUCGAGGCUGCAAUUUGAGAAACACGGAAUGGGCGCUGGGCGUUGUUGUCUUUACGGGACAUGACACCAAGAUCAUGAUCAACUCUGGCAUUACGCCUAGCAAGCGCCCUAGAAUUGCGCGAGAGAUGAACUUCAAUGUCAUCUGCAACUUCGGCAUUCUGUUCCUUCUUUGUUUCCUGACGGCUAUUAUCAACGGUGUCGCUUGGGCGAAAACAGAUGCGUCCUUGCACUUUUUCGACUUCGGACCCACGGGAGGUAGUGCGCCCAUGUCCGGCUUCAUCAGCUUUUUCGCCGCCAUGAUCGUAUUCCAGAACUUGAUUCCCAUCGCUCUGUACAUCACUCUCGAAAUUGUUCGUCUUCUCCAAGCCAUCUUUAUCUACAGCGAUAUCGAAAUGUAUUACGACAAGCUGGACCAACCAUGCAUUCCGAAAUCUUGGAACAUCUCCGACGACGUGGGCCAGAUUGAAUACAUCUUCUCUGACAAGACCGGCACCUUGACACAAAACGUGAUGGAAUUCAAGAAAGCAACUAUCAACGGUCAACCGUAUGGAGAGGCUUACACCGAGGCCCAGGCCGGAAUGCAGAAGCGACUCGGUGUAGACGUUGAGAAGGAGGCUGCCGAAGCCAGAGCCGAGAUUGCGGAAGCGAAAGUGCGAGCCGUCGAAGGCCUCAGAAACCUUCACGACAAUCCUUACCUUCAUGACGACGACGUGACUUUCAUUGCCCCUGAUUACGUGUCCGACUUGGCGGGCGACUCUGGCCCUGAGCAGCAAGCUGCCAACGAACAUUUCAUGCUCUGCCUCGCCUUAUGCCACACUGUUAUUGCCGAAAAGGUCCCCGGUUCACCACCCAAGAUGAUUUUCAAGGCUCAAUCUCCUGACGAGGCUGCUCUUGUUGCAACAGCUCGCGACAUGGGAUUUACAGUGAUUGGAAGUACUUCGGAUGGCAUUAAAUUGAACGUCAUGGGUGUUGAUCGCCAUUAUCCCAUCCUGAACACAAUCGAAUUUAAUUCGAGCAGAAAGCGCAUGAGCGCAAUCGUGCGCAUGCCUGACAACAGGAUCCUUCUCAUUUGCAAGGGAGCAGACAGUAUCAUCUACUCGCGCCUUAAGCGGGGUGAACAACAAGAGCUUCGAAAGAUCACCGCUGAGCAUCUUGAGAUGUUUGCUCGCGAAGGUUUGAGAACACUCUGCAUCGCACAACGGGAGCUUAAUGAGGAGCAAUACCAAUCUUGGCAAAAGGAGUACAACGCUGCCGCCUCGGCCUUGGAGAACCGAGAGGAGAAGAUGGAGGAGGUCGCCGACCAAAUCGAACGCGAGCUGACCUUGCUUGGAGGUACCGCUAUCGAGGACAGGCUGCAAGACGGUGUCCCUGACACCAUUGCUCUGCUCGGUGACGCCGGUAUCAAGCUCUGGGUUCUCACAGGUGACAAAGUUGAAACCGCCAUCAACAUCGGGUUCUCCUGCAACCUAUUGAACAAUGAUAUGGAACUGAUCCAUCUGAAAGUAGACGAAGACGAGACCGGCGAAAUCCCUGAUCACGAAUUUCUCAACAAACUUGAGCAAGAACUUGACAAGUACCUGCACACUUUUAACAUGAAGGGCGAUGAUGAGGAUCUCGCAAAGGCCAUAAAAAAUCACGAACCUCCCGGCCCAACUCACGGCCUGGUCAUCGACGGUUUCACAUUGAAGUGGGUUCUUCACGACGCCUUGAAGCAGAAAUUCUUGCUUCUCUGCAAGCAAUGCAAGUCAGUUCUGUGCUGUCGUGUGAGUCCGGCUCAGAAGGCCGCGGUGGUGUCCAUGGUGAAGCAUGGCCUCAAUGUCAUGACGCUUUCCAUCGGAGAUGGUGCCAACGACGUUGCUAUGAUUCAAGAAGCCGACGUUGGAGUUGGUAUUGCUGGCGAGGAAGGUCGGCAAGCCGUCAUGUCAUCAGACUACGCUAUCGCGCAGUUCCGUUUCCUUCAGCGCUUGGUUCUUGUUCACGGCCGGUGGUCGUAUCGCCGUCUUGGAGAGACAGUUGCCAACUUCUUCUACAAGAACGUGGUCUGGGUGUUUGGUAUCUUCUGGUACCAAAUUUACUGCGACUUUGACGUCACUUACAUCUUCGAGUACACCUACAUUUUGUUGUUCAGUCUGCUCUUCACGUCCGUUCCGGUCAUCGUCAUGGGUGUGUUGGAUCAGGAUGUCUCAGACAAGGUCUCUUUGGAGGUGCCCCAACUGUACCGCCGUGGCAUUGAGCGUCUGGAAUGGACGCAAACCAAAUUCUGGCUGUACAUGCUCGACGGUGUUUAUCAAUCCGUCAUGGUCUUCUACAUUCCCUACCUUACAGUUGUGAGCACCAGCUUCGUUAGCAAGAAUGGUUUAAACAUCGAAGACAGGACAAGACUCGGAGCCUACAUCGUACACCCCGCCGUUAUCACCAUCAACGCUUACACCAUCAUGAACACCUACAGGUGGGAUUGGGUAAUGAUAUUGGUUGUUGUCUUGAGUGACUUGAUGAUCUUCAUUGUGACUGGCAUCUACACGUCAAUGGAGUCAUCAGUGUUUUAUUACCAGGCCGCUCCGCAGGUCUACGCUCAAGCAUCAUUCUGGGCCGUCUUCUUUAUCGUACCUGUUAUCAGUAUGUUCCCUCGAUUCGCAAUCAAGGCUGUCCAAAAAGUCUACUUCCCUUACGACGUCGACAUUAUCCGCGAACAAGAGCGCCAAGGCAAGUUUUCUCGGCUCACUCAGGGCGACGAGGCGACGGUUGUUGGGGAAGACGCAGCGAGCAAGACGCCAUCAAACUCGUCGGUUAGCUCGCGUAAGGGUAAGCACAUACACUACGCCAGUGUCGAUGAAGACAGGAGGCCAAUCUAUCCACCUUCAGUUGCGACCCACACGACGCACAACCCACGUAGCCAAAACGGCAGUGAUGGCACCAACUACACGGGCCAUCGCCAGUCGAUGGAUAUGGUGCAUACGCAAUCCCUUGAUAUGACGCCACCGAUGCGUCCCUCCUUCGACCGCGCACGCCCCUCAUACGAUCGAGCACGACCGUCCUACGACCGAAUUCGAGCUUCGAUGGAUCGCACGCGGGCCAGUUUCGAGGCAAGCAGCGACUUCACUUCGGCUGCUCGUCUCUCCAGAAUAGAGUCCAGCCAAUCAUACAGUGACCGAUUCCAUCCGCGGCGGUUAAGAGGCUUGUCGUUGACCAAGAGCGCCAACAACUAA